AUGAGAGAAGUAAAACUAACAAUCAAUGUUGAAGGAAUACUAAAGAAGUGCCAGUCUAUGGAUAGAAAAGACACAUCCAUCACAUCAGUUGAAGAGAUAAGCCAUAUAAAUAUACUAAAGCGCAUAAUUAAGGAUAAUCUAAGGAUAGAAAGCGAGGAGCUUAGUGAAGAGAAGAAGAAGGUCAUUCUAAAGAUAAUCGAGAAUGAUGCCUGUCAAUACCUUAUAUACAGUUUAAAUGAAGAAAGAAUUCCUAUGCCCAUAGUAAAUUCUACAUUAUGGUAUGAAAUUCUAGAAAUGUUUGGAUAUGUAUUUAUGUCUUCAGCUAUUGAACUUAUAAAUCCAAAUAAAUUUAUAUACAAUCCUGAGCAUGGAAUAAAUAGAGAGUUUAACAUACACGACAAACUAGAUAGUGUAGCUCUUUCUCAUGGAGAGCUUGAUAUAAGCACUAGAGCAUACACUUUGAUGGUUGAUGAUGCAAACUUGGAAAAUAUACUUCAAGUUACCUCAGAGAUUCUGGAUAAACAGAAUUCUUAUUUUGUCUUGAAUUCAAUGGAUUCAAAAGGCAUGGAGCUUUUUAAAAAGUAUACAUCUGUAAAAGGAUGCUACAGUCUAGACGAUCUAUACACAAAAGAAAAAGAUAACGUUACAUUGGUAGACUAUGGACUGAAGCUUAUUUACGAGAAAUAUAAUGAAAUCAAUGUUCUAAUUAAGUACAUCAAAGAAAUAGAAAGUUCUGACAACAGUGACGUACAGAAUAUACCUAAAAAACUCAGCAUUUUGUUUAAAAAUGAAGAGUUAGAAGUAGUAUUUUCUAUUCUCAAUAACAAAGGGGAAAUUAUACUUGACAAAAUGAUACACAGCCCUAUACUUAAGGCACUAGAGUGCAUGGCAACUAGAACUGAUCUACUAGGUGGAAAAGGUGAACAAAAGGUGCUGAAGAUAAAAGCAGACUUGAGCAACUUUAGCGAAGACUAUAUAAGUGAACAUGAUGGCUUGUUAGAAAUAAUGACUGAAAAAAUAAAAAAACUACGUGAUGAAAGGAAAAUACUACAUGUAUCUGUUAAAAGUGAAAAAGAAAAGUGGUCCAAAAAAGAAAAGAGUCUGGCAGAGUGGAAAAACACAACUGAGCUUGAUCCAAGCUCGCAGGAGUACCAAGAGAUGGUAAGAAAAGAGGAAGAAGAGAUGAAAAGUAUGCUGCGUGAAAUUAAUUUCCUAAAUAAUAAGAUAUAUUUAUCAAACUUUGAUAUUGAAAAAGUAAGAUUAAUUUGUGGUCGUGAUGUUGGUAUUCUUCGAGCUAUCUUAAAUAUAUUGUCUGGCGUAAGCCCAGUUCAGAAACAAUACUUACUCAAGAAGAUAAAAGAGUCUGCAGAUCUACUGAACGUACAAGUAGUAGUAACCGAUGAAGCAGAAGAAGUAGAAAAAAUGGAUGUGGAUAAGCCAGUUGAGCAGCACCAGACACUUAACAUGUCUGACGGAACAGGAUCUAGCACAACAGGUGCAUCAGCCCGGACAAGCACGCUUGGAAAAGUGUUAGCUGGAGGCCUUCUUGUACUCGGAUCAAUGGCAUAUGUCAACCAUCAUUCGAAGAGCAAGCCAACAACUGCUGCAAACAGUGACAACGAUAGUUUAUAUCAUGUCAUGGACAGCAGGCAACUACGAAACAUGGAUAAACAUAAUAUAUCUUGA